AUAAAAUGUAUAUAUGUGCAAUAUCUUGCAGCUCUGAGAAUGAGCCCAAAAAGUGCAGUAGCUGGGUAUAGGUGGAUGUAGGGACAAAAUGGCAAAAUCAAGAUUUGCUUUUUGGAUGUUUUAAAAAACAUUUUCAAACCAUGACUACAGAAUCUGUGCAUGGAGGCUAUGGAGGGCUGACUGUAUCUAAAUUGCAUAAAUUAUUGGUUUUGAAAAAGUUGCCAUGGCUUUGCCUAAAAUAUAGAAUGAUGAGGAUACCAAGAGCUCUCUUUCAGAGAUCUGAGUCCACUUCUCCUACGAGAAGAACUAUAGUUACCAGAAUUCCCUGAGUUGGAGGGAAUGAUGAUUAAACCAGUUGAAGUAUUUUGCAGAGAUCCUCCUAGUUGCAUAUGCAUGGUGUGGAAAUGUUAUUGUUCACGCCCACAAAGAUACUAUGAGGUAUUUUAUGAUCAGCGUCAGGGCCACUUUGUAUUUAUGAACUGUUUUAUUCUUUGGAUGAAAAAUGUUCUCUUUAUAAUAGUUUAAUUCAUUUACUCUAUUUUAAAUAAGUAAGUAAGUAAGUAAACAUAGUUUAAUUGCAAACUCAUAGAGAGUUCUUCCCAAGAGAGGAUAGUUUUCCACAGACAGAGAGUUCCCUUUUAUUCACUAAAAGCAACUGGCUCUCAUAUUGAGCAGAGUUUUGGGGUUUUUUUGUAUUUUUUGUUCUAGGAACAGAGGCUUUCAUUCAGAGAUAAGGCCACUAUGCUUUUAGGCUCUUUCUGGUCACCUGAUCAAGCCCUUGGUAACUUUUAGGCAGCUUUAGUCUGCAUUCCACAAAUUCCUCAUCCUUGGCCCUGUAAUUAACAGCUUCAGGUUCACUGCAUUAACAGUAGAUUCCAUAACUUUCCCCUUGUUGUGCCCUCAGAUGUUGGAUUUUUGCAACAAACAGGCAGUGCCGCACCUCUGCCUCGAGUCUCAAAAUACCACCACUUGCUAGUUUGAAAAAAAAAACCCAAAAGGAAAAGCCCGCACCUGUGAAUGCUGUGGUGGCGUCAUGAACAGGUUAUGGCGGAAGAGGUCUCCAAAUAUGAAAAAGUGUUCCCUUAUAUAGACGAAGAACACCUUUUUGAUUUUGGAUUUGUGUGUCACUAACCUUGACUGAAAACACACUGGUAUGCUGAAAUCUUUUUUUGGUUGGCAGAACAUUCAAUUAUGCAUUGUCUCUUUGGGCUUGUUUUGGGACAGAAGGACCUUUCGCGUGCAGGGGACCUCUUCUCCUUAGACGAUUCUGAAAUAGAAGGAUGUUUGUCUGAAGCUCUUGAGCAAAUAAAAGUCAUUAGUUCAUCUCCCGACUACCAGACCAAUGACAAUGACCAGGCUGUUGUGGAGAUCUGCAUAACACGAAUUACCACUGCCAUCAGAGAGACAGAGUCCAUAGAGAAACAUGGGAAAGCUCUUAUUGCUCUUUGGGAGUCAUGUUUAGAAUACAAUUUGAAACCUUCAGGAAAAGAUGAAGACACACCCCAUGCAAAGAUUGCAUCGGAUAUAAUGAGCUGCAUUUUGCAGAAUUAUAAUCGUCCUCCCAUCAUGGCAUUGGCUGUCCCAGUGGCAGUGAAAUUUCUCCAGAGGGGUAACAAAGAACUGUGUAGGAACAUGUCCAGUUACCUUUCCCUUGCUGCAAUAAGUAAAGUGGAUCUCCUGGCAGAACACACAGGAACUAUAGUAAAAAGUGUCUUGCAAGGGAAUUCCAUGUUGUUACGGGUAUUACCCUCUUUGUAUGAAAAACAGUCUCAUAUCAUUAACAUUCACCUGAAGGAACUUGUAGCACUGAUGUCGUAUUUAGAACAGCCUGAACAACAUCACCUUUUACAACUUUUGCUGACAGUUGCAAAGAAAAAGCAGCCAGAGGUACUUAAAGAAUGUAUUCCUUCUUUAAUUAGUCACCUAAGAGACCCCCAUCACAAUGACCUCAUCCUAAAUAUACUGAUAGAAAUAUCGGACUAUGAACCAGAAGUAUUGGCUGAUUUGCUUCCUGUAUUGAAAGAGAUUGGAGACAGUUUUCCAAAUCUGAUUGGACAAACAGCAAAGAUCUAUGGAGCUGUUGGACAUGUUGAUGAGGAAAGAGCCCGAAUCUGCCUGAUCUACUUGGUUAAUCAACUGGCCAACAUGGAACAUUCAUUCCACCAUAUCCUUUUGUUGGAGAUUAAGCACAUCACGGAUACAUUCGCCAAUAUCUUGGGCAUCCAGAGCAGAGACAUUUAUCGCAUGAGCAACAGUUUCACUGCCAUAGCAAAGCUUCUCAUCCGACAGCUGGAAAAUGAAACUGCUUCUGAGAGCAGGGUAGAAGAUGUUGUUGAAACAGAAUCUCCUUCACAGCUGGAUGAUUUAAAAUCAAUUAUGAGUGGGAAUGAAGAGGAUGAAAAGCUUCAAGUUAAAAUACAAGCUUUUGAAGAGAAAAUAAACACUGAGAACAGUACUCCUGGCUCUGUACGCAGGUAUAGUUUAGGCCAGGUGUCUAAAGAAGAAAGAAAGGACAUAAGGUUUAACAGGUCUAAAAGUCUAGCUUUGCAUGCAAUUCGUAUGAAGGGUGUUCAUUCGGACAACGGACAAGAGAUGGAGAAUGGAGAUGUUACAGCCGGCAUCUCUUUCACAGAUAUCUAUAUGAGCCAAGAAGCCGACAAAUUGCCUUCCAGCCCAGACACUGAAGAGUCACAGCUGGAGCAAUCUUCGCUUUCACACCCAAGUAUCAAAUGUACAGAACCAGAGAAUCUGCCAGAACCUGUUAAAGAAAAUGGCCAUGAAGGGAGCCCGAAGACAAUAAAGAAUUCUGUGGAGUAUCAAGAUAAGCUUUACUUUCACUUAAAGGAAAACCUGUCUAAAGUGAAAGCAUAUGUGAUGGAGAUGGGGAAGAGAAUUCCUCUCCCAGAUGAGUGUAUUAUAGAAGAUACUGUGAAAAGUUGUGUAGCAAAGCUCUUCUUCAGUUGUCCCUUGAAAGGGCAUUACUGCCUGUACAGUAAAUCCAGUUUCAUACUCAUCAGUCGACAACCUCAGCUUUGGAUCCAUAUCAUGUUCCUCUUUCAUCAGAGCUUAUUCCCAGAACCUUUAUCUAUGCAAAAUAAUUAUGUGCAAGGCCUAAAAACCUUAUGGGAGAAAACCCAGCUGAAAGGAACUCACAGUUUUGAAACUGCAAUGGUUCAAUCUACAUUUCCACACCAAAAGGACUUGGACCAUGUACAGAUACACCUGGAAGAAGUGAGAUUCUUUGAUUUAUUUGGUUACAGUGAGGAAGCAGGGGCCUGGCAAUGUUUCAUGUGUAAUAAUCCUGAAAAGGCAACAGUUGUGAAUCAAGAUGGCCAACCCUUGAUUGAAGGCAAGUUGAAAGAAAAGCAAAUCCGAUGGAAGUUCAUCAAAAGGUGGAAGACACGGUAUUUCACUCUCGCAGGCAACCAACUUCUCUUUCGCAAAGGAAAGUCUAAAGAUGACCCAGAUGACUGUCCCAUUGAGCUGAGCAAGGUCCAGAGUGUCAAAGUAGUGACCAAGAAGCGCAGAGAUCGCAGCCUUCCUCGGGCCUUUGAAAUCUUCACAGACAGCAAAACAUAUGUUUUCAAGGCCAAGGAUGAAAAGAACGCUGAGGAAUGGCUCCAGUGCAUUAAUGUAGCAGUUGCACAAGCAAAAGAAAGAGAAAGCAGGGAGGCAACCACAUACUUGUAAGAACUGUAAGCAUGGUUGUGUUGCCUUUUGCCCUGUGAUGCAACUGGUCUUUGUGACGCCAUUUCCCAGGAAGGACCCAUUGCAUCCCUUCCCAUGGUAUUUUAGUCCACUACAUAGGGAAAAAACAACUGCUUCUUACCUGAAAGGACAGAUGAAGAAUGCAUUGGUUUUCUGACUAUGGCUCUCCUUGGAAGAAUUAAAAAAGUGGAGCACGUACUUCUGUACCUAAAGUAUGACUGAAUAACACAUGCAAUUGUGCCUAAUUUGUCUUUGUCUUGGUGAGAAUAUAGUUUAUGAAAUGUAUAAUACAAAUGUGUCCCUUUGUGUGAACAUGAGAGCUAUUUUGGCUGUUACUAAGCCAUUAGGUUAUUAUCAUAUUUACUGGUAAAAUACGUGCUAUAUGAAAAGCCAAGCAAUCGUAACUGUAAAUAUCAUGAGAUGAAUUAUACUUGUAAGCACAACUGCCAUUUGAUCUUCCUAUCUUCUUUGGAGAGGAACAAGGAACUAUCAGUGUCUCUUAAUAUAUUGCCUUAAUAUACUGCCUUUCAAUUCACACUGCCUUUUGGUGUAUUUUGAAUGGCUUUGUACAUUGCUGUUAACUGUCAUCAAGUUGACUUCAACUUGGGGCAACUUCAUGAAGUUGAGCUCUGCUCACCCUAUCCUCAAUAGCCCUGCCCUGGUUUUAUAGACUCAGAGCUGUUGCUUACCUGGUUGAAGGUAGCUCUCUGAAAUAUGGUCUUCUUCUUUUCCUACUGCCUUCUAUCUUCCUAAACAUUAUCGUCUUUUCUAGUGAGUCAUGUGUAUGCACCUAUGAGUGAACUAUUGGGAUUCAGUCUGUUAUUGUGUAAGUGGUAUAAUUUAACCGUUUAGAUUACUUCUAUGCUUCAUUUUACAAAAACACUAGAGGUGAGAGGUUUUAGCACGUUAACUGUACACAUCCUGAUUCUAUUCCACCACUGACUUUGUUGGGCAUUGCAGAUGAUCAUCCGUUUUAUGUACUAAACUCAGCUAAAAUUAUUCAUGAACUCAGACAAAAGCAGUAUAUGAAUUGAAACUGGAUCAUGCAUUUGUCUUGGCCUAAAGCAGUGUCCCUCACACCUGACCAUUGAAAAGUCUUAGCACUUAGACCAGGGGUCCCCAAACUAAGGCCCGGGGGCCGGAUGCGGCCCUCCAAGGUCAUUUACCUGGCCCCCGCCCUCAUUUAUAAUAUAAUAGUUUUAUAUCAGUUUUAAUAAUAUAAUAUAUUGUAUAUACAUAUGAUAUUGAUAAUAAUAUUAUCAUUUUAUACAAUACUAAUUUUUAAUACCAUAUAAUAAUAUUAAUUAUAUGUUAUAUAUUACAUAUAAUAUUACAGUAUAGUGGUAUAGUUCAAUAUAGUAAUAUAUAAUGCUAAUAUUGUACUAUGCUAAUAAUAUAAUAUAUUGUAUGUACAUACAGCUGCUCUUCGGGGUGAGAAGGGUGGGAUAUAAAUGUAGUAAAUAAAUGUAGUAAAUGAAUAAAUAAAUAAUUUUGGACUUGGGCUCACCUAAAGUCUGACAUGACUUGAAGACACACAACAACAAUAACAAUCCUAAUUAACCUGACUUUCUCAUUGGCCAGAAGCAGGCCCACACUUCCUAUUGAAAUCCUCAUAGGUUUAUGUUGGUUAAAAUUAUUUUCAUUUUUAAAUAUUGUAUUGGUCUUUCAUUGUUAUUGUUGUUGUUUUGCACUACAAAUAAGAUAUGUGCAGUGUGCAUAGGAAUUUGCUCGUUUUUUGUUUUUUUUCAAAUGAUAAUUCGGCCCCUCAACAGUCUGAAGGAUUGUGGACCGGCCCUCUGCUUAAAAAGUUUGGGGACCCCUGACUUAGACUGUAUGAGCCCCAAUUCUAUUACACCUCUAGCUUGGUCUGACUUUUCAGAUAAUGAUAUGUCUUAUGAAUCCAGCCUCUGCUAAACUAUGUGAGUUUAGAAAAACUGUGUUAAAUUCAUCUGGCACUUCAUUAGGAAAGUCCAAUGAUGGUAACACUACAGGGAAAACAUUGAAAAUUCAAGCAUAGUACACAUGUGGCUUUACCUUCCUGCUGGAAAAAUCCCAACACAGAAGACUGCCUUAUCCCUGCAUGAUUAUUGUGAUGUGGUCUGUGACUUAAAGGCCAGGCUUUUUUGCUAAAUAGCAUGACCAAAUUGCCAGAAUUUGAAUGCUAUUUUAUUUUAUUCAAUGUUGGUUUCAAGAUGGAUUUUUGUUUGUUUGUUUUCCCUAUGUGUUACAUGUCCUCUAUUAUUACUAUUUUAACUAAUUGCAUUUUCAGCUCCAUUAUAUUUACAUUUUAAACUCUUUGUCCCUAUUCCCUAUUAGAACAGAGUUGGAAUAGGCUUAAUGCAUUUGCUCAAAGUUGGCCUCUCAUAACUUAGUUUUUUCUACCUCCUUUGUGGCUAUUGUCAUUACUCUGAUUUCAGCUUGCAAACGUCACAGGCAGAGUUCUGACCUGUUUCCUUAUGUGAUUUCUAAAGCACCAUAUGUAGAAUAAAUGAUAAUGAUGACAGUUAUUUAUAGUAUAAGGAAAUUAAAUUAAGUUAUGUUUUAUGAAUAAUAAAAAUAGAUUUCUGCCUUCAAGAAGCUAAUGCUGUACACAGUAUAUGGAUGUACCGGUCAAAGGAGAAGAUAGAAACAGGAAGAGACAAAUAGGAGAAGGAUUCAAUCUCAAAGAUUAACAAAAAUGGAUUUUGUCACACCUUUACUAUGCUAAAUAAUUAUUCCCAUCAUCCUACAAUAUUAUCAGAGCUUGGAAGUAAUUUAAGUAAUGUUUUAUAAAUAACAUUACAUGAAACACAACUUCUUGAGUAAUUAGGGGAAUAAUGAGUCCUGUUUUGAAAAAUCAUGUAGUAACAAAUAACCUUUCAUACUUUUGUAAUGGUAUGAAUAUGUCUUUCCUCAUUAUCACAUUAUUUCAGAAAUAAUAAUAAUCAUAAUAAUAAUAACUUUAUUUUUAUAUCCCGUCUCCAUCUCCCUGCAGGGACUCAGGGCGGCUAACAUGGGGCACAACAUCAUUGACAAAUAAUAUUAAAACAGGCAAAACAUACAGUAUUUAUAUGUAAUAACAUACUAACAAGAUAAAAUAAGAGGUCACCAAUUAAAAACAGAACAAAUAUUAACCUAAAAACAACUGGGCCAAAGUGCAAGGAGUGUAUAUUGUAAACCUGAUGGUGAGAAAGUGCUGCAGUAUUUAAUGGGAGAAUUGGAGGUGGGAUAUGCAGUGAAAAUUAUUCCCAACUGAUGGAACAGAGUAGAAAUGUGUAGGAAAAAAUGAUUGUCAACCUGUCAUUGGGAUCAAUUAUUCAAAGGCGCACGGGAAAAGCCACAUUUUAAAAUCUUUCUUAAAAGCUGACAUGAUGGAUGCCUGCCUGAUGUCCCUGGGAAGGGAAUUCCAGAGCCAAGGGACCACCACAGAGAAGGCCCUCUCCCUCGUUCCUACAAGCCAUGCUUGUGACGGAGGUGGGAGCGAGAGAAGUGCCUCCCCCGAAGAUCGAAGAGAUUGCGUAGGUUCAUAGGACGAAAUUCUUUCAUGAAGGUAGACGGAUCCCGAACCAUUGGGGCUUUACAGGUGAUCACCUGCACCUUAAAUUGGGACCAGAAAAUGAUCAGCAGGCAAUGGAGUUCCUUAAACAGGGGGGUUGACCGCUCCCUGUAAUUCGCUCCAAACCUUUGGGGAGAACUCUUGAAUGAUUUGCAUCCUCACCCCAUCCCCCAAAAUUAGAUCAUUUAAAAUAUCCCUCAAAGAAAAAUAACAUAGAAUCAUAGAGUUGAAGGACGCCUCAUUGUAUCGGAACACCCUCUUUCUCAGUGCAGGAUCUCCAGCUAAAACCAUUCCCAACAGGUAGUUGUCUAGUUUUUUUUAGAAAACAUCAAGUGAAGGAGAGACCACCACCGCUCUGGGCAAUUGGUUCCAUUGCCAAACUGCUCUUACUGUCAAAGUCUUUCUUCUAACAUUCAAUUGAAAUCUAGCCUUCGGUAACUUCAGACCAUUAGAUCCAGUCCUACCCUUUGGGGCAGAGGAGAACACAUGUAAUGGAAUAAGUAAAGCAACAAGCAAUGAUAUACAUUGAUGAGCUUCACCAUGAGAUAUUUAGCAAUAACUUCUACAUUUUAUAAUUGUCCAUUUUUCUUCUUUCUAGUGACCUUAAACCAUUCUUCUUUAUAUAGCAUUCAAUGUAAUAGUUCCAUGCACUUUUAAAGAUUUCAUUUCCUUCUUUACUUUGGUGUAUAUUGAUAGGGAUAUACAACAAACCUAGAUCUAUAUACAAUUGCUAGUUCCACUUGGAGCUGAUGGAUGAAAUUAGUGGAACCUCCAUAGGUUCCUACUGAUACAGCUGGGUCUAACCACUGCAUUUCGACCACAAAUAUUUUAUACUUUUGCAUUAAUCAUGGCACAGAGAAAGUAAUAGCACUUAUAUUCUUUUAUUAGUGAUUUUUAAAUAAAUACUAAUUUCUUUUCAUAAUGAA